AUGGAAGCCUUGAAGACAAUUCGGAGAGGUCUCGCUAAGUAUGAAUUUUCCAAGCUCUGUAAAGCUGACGUGUUAGAAGUACUCAAACAUUAUCCUACCCUACUGCCAUCUCAAGAUAGGUUUGUAUACAAUGAUGGAAGUGAAGUUGAAUUAUUUAAUCUAAAGGGAACAAUUCCAGUUCUAAUCAGAGGUGUGAAACACCAGAUUCCAUUGCAAAUUUGGCUGCAGGAAAGACAUCCUUGUGUUCCACCAUUAGUGUUUGUCACACCAACAAGUACAAUGGCAAUCAAUCCGUCUCCACAUGUGGAUACCAAUGGCAAAGUUUACCAUCCCUACCUACAUGAAUGGAAAUUCUCUUCUCAAGACGUAUUUGAUCUUUCAACUCUGCUUAAAACUCUUUGUGAGGUGUUUUCUUUACAGUCACCAGUUUUUAAACGCAUGUCAGAUACAAUGACCCAGUCGCAACAAAUUGGAAAUUCACGGUCUAACUUGCUGGAGGUGAAUUCCUCUAUACCAAGAAGAGCACCUACAACAGAAGAAAAUAUUGUUUUACAAAGGCGGCUUAUGACGGCAGAACAACAACUGAGAGUGAAAAGUGAAGAACUAGGCCAGCAGCGGACACAUUUCCUAGCACAGCUUCUAGAAAAAGAAGUGGAAAUGUCAAGCGUGCAGAGACAGUUGAGGGAGAUAUCACAGCAGCUUGCAGACGUCCAAGGGCAGUUACAACAAAGAGAUCAAGAAGCUAAUAAUUUGCAGAAUCAAGUUACUGCCUUGGAGAGACAGCUGAGGAUUAAAGAUCAAGAAGUAAAUGAACUGGAGAUAUCUCUUUCAACAACGCAGCAAGUUUUAAAUGAAAAUCCACGCCAACAGGCACCUGAAUGGAUCAUAUCACGCGAUCAAAUUCAACUUACAGAUAAGUGCCUUGGGAGGGGAGCCUGGGGAAGUGUUGUCGAAGGAAAGUAUCGUGGAUGUGUCGUAGCCGUCAAACAAAUCCACGAGAUGAUUCUGUCCCCUCAUAAUCGGAGAUUGUUCGAGCGAGAAAUGAACAUUGCCUCACGAUGCCGCCAUCCGUGUUUGCUGCAGUUCAUUGGAGCAACAAACGACGAAGGAAGUCCUCUCUUUGUCUCAGAGCUCAUGGAAUCGAGUUUACGAGCAUUGUUAGAGCAACAAUCUCUUUCCAGUACUGAAGUGUCUGUUAUUUCUCUGGAUGUAGCUCUAGCAUUAAACUACCUUCAUUUAAAAGAACCAUCUCCCAUAAUUCACCGUGAUAUCAGCAGUGCCAAUGUGUUGCUAUGGCGACAAGCUAACCGAUGGCGAGGCAAACUGUCAGAUUAUGGAACUGCUAACUUUAUGCAGCAGACUAUGACAGUAGGUCCUGGUGCUAUGAUUUACAGUGCACCUGAAGCCCACACUAAAAGUCAAACUGUGAAGGUCGAUGUGUAUAGUUUCGGAGUUCUCCUUUGUGAGAUUUGCAUCCGGGAAUUGCCAGAUCCUGACAGGCGUGACCAGCAGGUCGCCAUGGUGACAGAUCGCACUCUUCGAGGUCUCAUUCGUCGAUGUAUUUAUCAAGAUCCUGAGGCGCGACCCACUAUGGAAGACAUCAUUGAAGAACUAGAACAGCUAGUCUAAGAAAGGUUUUUUACAGGAUCUAAUGUCUGACCUCUUAUCAUUCUUUUGAAUUUGGGCCAUUUCACGGAACGUGACAGAACUGUCACAUUGCCAUAACUGCUUCUCAUUAUAUUGUCACGUUUUAGACAGAUCUAUAAAAUUUAAUAUCCAUGGACAGAAAGAAUCUUUUACUUUUUAUAAUUGCUUUUAUUUUUGGUCAAAUUUACUGUAACAGUUGUUCAAUUUUAUAAGCCAACGCUUGAUAAAGUAAGAAAGAAGCUUCAGCGAGUCAAGGCUUAGUUGCCCGAGACUCUUUUUUUCAGCAAUGCUGUAAUUGUAUAUAAAUAGGUUUAUUGAUUGGAAUAAGUAGACUUGAUAUUGAAGUGAUAUUGGGACUGAAGAACCCCGGUUUAGAGUUACCGCAAAGGUUUUUAAGUACAGUUAAACCUGUGUUAAGCGGUCACCCACGAGGGUGGUUUGGUGACCGCUAAAUACAAGUUGACCGCCUCAUACAGGUUCCAUAGAAUAGGGUAUUUUGCAAAAGAAAAGGAAAAACAAAACGUCAUUUUAUGCCUUAAUUGACACAGAAGUUCGUUCAAUAAUUUUACCAACAUUGAUACCAUGGGAUAAAUAUGGAUUAAAUUUUACGUGAAAGAUUAUUCCUAUUGUUAUUUAGUGUUUCCUUCUCAAGUUACCGUUCAGUACAGGUAGAAGAAAAAACAAACAGGCCGUUGGGACUAAGUAAAGGGUAACCACUUAAUAGAGGUGAAAAAUACAGUAGUUAUGGGGAACAAAUUUCAGGACAUUGAGUACCGACCGCUAAAUACAGGGGACCGUUUAAUACGGUGCCGCUUAAUACAACUUCAACUCUAUUUGAUAUACCCUGCAUAGGACACUGUUAUGCUAUCUAUAUGUGUUGAUACUGUAGUUUAGGUUGUUAUAAUAUUAGAAUAAAAUUGUGACUGGAUGGACCCGGUUGGGAGUCGCAAUAAAGUAUGUAUGCAUGUAAAAGCA